AUGCCCAAAAGUGAUACGUGGCCCGGUGGCAUUGGAUUGGAGAUGAUGACUGGCAUGGACAGUGCUGGCAGCUGUGACAGCGUUGUCAGUGCCAAUUCUGGCUUUAGCGAUGAUAGUCUGGAGCACCUGUCUGCUGAAGAAAAGGCCUGCCUCAUGUUUUUGGAGGAGACUAUUGAGUCUUUGGAUGCUGAGGAGGAUAGUGGACUGUCCAAUGAUGAACCUGACCAACUGCCCAGCCCUGGCAACCUUGCUACCAAACUGGCCGACCUGUCAGCCUCCAUGAGCAAAAGCAAGCUGAACGAUUCACAAAAACAUGCCCCUAAAGGACCCUUCAAGGAAAAUGCUGGCCCGAAACCCAUGCAGAGCUACCUGGUUCCUACACCACUUGUUGUGGCAAACAGCACUCCGUGUUCAGUACGAAGAACUAAACAAGGCUUUCCUCCAGACAAGAACCUCUGCUCCAAGCCUCAGUUCACUUCGUCAAGCAACAAACCUUGUCACAAACACAACCACAUACCUGUUGCUCCCUCAGUACCUUUAGAGGGACAUGUUGGGAUACCUCCUCCCACCAAACCCAGGGACUACUCAUUAAGGACACCUGAGGGUCCUUUACCUAGAGGACCUUUGUCCUACGAGGCACUUGUUCAUCUGCGGAGGAGUGCCUCCACAAAGAAGACCCCUUUGUGUCCCACAGUUGAUCAUACUAUAGAUUUGGACAAGCACCUUCCUGCCACAAUGGAAGGCCCAUACCUCGGAAACCUGCCAAGAUCUGACAGAUCCCACUCAGAGUCUUCCAAGUCUAAGAUAAGUCCUCCAGUUGUGGCCCCUAAACCCAAAAAGAUCCCUGUCAACAUAUCUGUGAAAACACAAAAUGAAACUUUGAUAACCUCAGACUUUUCAUGCAGUGUCAAGCAUGCGAUAGAUCCCCAGGUGGUGAGACUGGAAGCUUUGCAGAAGCUUGGCCUCCUUAAAAACGAACAGCUAAAAGAUGAGACAGUAGCCCCACUAUCUCCCCCUAAAUUUCACUCCACUUUGGACCCUACAUUUAACAGAUUUACCGAAGGUCCAUCUAAUGGAAAUCCAUCAAGAAGCCCAUCGUUUUGUUAUUCUCAAGUGCCCACAGAACCCAAGAACAGGCCUCUGCAAAGCAGUGCCAGUUUCCAUCACUACUCAAGGUGUGACCAACAGUCUGCAUCUGUAUCACAUCCUUCUCAAUCCAAUGGAUUAAAGGCAGCUGGUCUGGAGUGCUCUGCUACCCUGAACAGCCACAGAAAUGGUGGAAACUGUCCUGAACCAGGACGCAUCACAGCAGCUGAGCCAGUGAAAACCACCACUGCAGCUCAACCUGUACCCCACAAACCCUCAAACACAGUUGGAUAUACUGUGAUGGUGGUGCCUGGGAUGGGAGCUGAUAGAAAAGAAGCACUCAGAAAGCUUGGACUGCUCAAAGACUAA